CCAUCCAUCCAAAGACAGUCAUUGUUUAAAGCUUCCCUCAUCUUCAACCCCAAUUUCUUCCUCUCCCCCCUUCCUCACAGUCUCUCCAAGCUACAUGUUGCUUCCUACGGUUGAUGGGUGGUGGCCAAUCCCCGAGAUGCCUGACGGGCACGGCCAGUACGGUCCCAGCUUCCCAGGAGGACAAUGGGAACCCUCUCUCGAGCGACCACCUCGCCGAGUCUCCAAUCCUGCUACUGGUGUUCUUCCACAAGGCCUUCCGGGAGGAGCUUGCCCUGCUCCGUCAACUCGCCCAGGGCAGCCACCCUGGCGCUGCUGCAGAGCUCCGGGACAGGUUCAGGUUCCUCAAACUAGCUUACAAGUACCAUUGCACCGCCGAAGAUGAGGUCGUCUUUCUGGCAUUAGAUACGUGUGUGGAUAACAUAGCCUGUUCAUACUCCCUGGAGCAUAGAAGCAUAGACGACCGUUUCGAUUCUUUAUUUAGGCUUGUCGAGGCUUCACAGGGGAAGGGUGAAGACAACGACCCGAAUUCAAGUUUGUUUCAGGAGAUUAUGUUUUCUGUAGGCACCAUUCAGGCAUCAAUCUGCAAGCACAUGCAAAAGGAAGAAGAACAGGUGUUCCCGAAGCUGAUGGAGAAACUUCCUCGAGAAGAGCAGAGUGCUCUCGUGUGGCAGUUCUUAUGUAGUGUUCCCAUUGUGCUUCUUGAAGAUAUGCUACCGUGGGUGAUCUCAUUCCUCUCCCCAGAGGAAAAGGCCCACGUCAUCUCGUGCGUAAUGGAAGUCGUCCCUAAAGAAGAACCGCUGCAAGAGUUGGUAUCUUCUUGGCUUCAAAAGAAAAACCGAGCAUCCUCAACGAGCAGAUCAUCAAAUAUGGAGAAGACGCAGAGUUUGCUCUCAAGUUUUCCGGUUUGGCACAGUGCCAUACGCAAGGACUUCGAAGCAACUUUGGUGGAGCUCCAUCAGCUCAGAAGCUCGAUGAGUUUCUCGAGCUUGCAGUCGGUCAUUGUUCAUCUGAAGUUCCUUGCAGAUGUCCUCACAUUCUACAGUAAUGCAUUGGAUCAGCUCUUUUAUCCGGUAUUCACCGAAAUUUCUGGGGGCACUCAACUUCCAUCUCUCAAUCAGUUCGCGUACAAAAGCCAGAUUGAGAGCCUGCAGAGGUUGCUUCACUGUAAGGAAAAGCUCAACGGACCAGAUUCCCAUGUAGUAGACAGGCUCUGUGGAGAACUUGAAUCAUGGGCAACAGGCAUUGCCAGAUUCUUUGCCUUUCAUGAGGAGGAGGUGUUCGAUCGGAUUAUCAAGAACUGCAGCCAUGAGACACAGCAGCAACUUCUUUACUCGAGCAUUCGGACCCUUCCACUUGGGCUGCUAAAGUGCUUGAUCACUUGGUUUUCAACCCAUUUGACGGACAAGGAAUCUGCAUCCGUUCUUGAUGUCACAAAAAGAGAAGAUUAUUUGCAGGAUAAGUCUUUUACCUCACUCCUACACGAGUGGUUUCGUGUUGCUUUUACCGGCAAGACUUCUCUUGAUAAGUUCCGGAGGGACCUGCAAGGAAUUUUCAGGGGGAGGUUCUAUUUUGUGUAUGAAGAAGUGAAGGAGGUCAACUUCAGGAGACUGCCCGAGAAGGAGGCUUCAUCUCGUAGCUAUCUUGGGAUCGAAAGGCCCAACAUGGCAUAUUCAAGCGGCAUCAAUCUGCACGUACAUUUUCCUGUAAAGGAAAAUUGCUCACGAGGUUUUCCCUCUUUUCUGGGUGAGGAUAGUGAUGCCCUUUCUGCUCUGGAGGGGGAAAUGCCGAUAGACAUUGUGUAUUAUUUCCAUAAGGCGCUCAAGAAAGACUUGGAAAGCCUAGUCCUUGGCUCAUUUCAUUUGACUGAGGAACCAGGAAUGCUUGAAAAUUUACAGGAGCAGUUCCGACUUGUACGGCUUCUGUAUCAAGUUCACAGCAAUGCUGAGGACGAGAUUGCCUUUCCUGCUUUAGAGGCAAAGGGCAAGGGCAGAAACAUUAGCCAUUCCUACACAAUAGACCACAAACUCGAAGUAGAGCACUUCGACUGUGUAAAUUCCAUUCUUGAUAAGAUGUCUCGAACCACUGUUUCUUCAGUUUAUCAUGAACUUGGUAUUAAGCUCCAGGACAUGUGCCGGUCGUUGCAACAGGUUGUCACCGACCAUAUCCAUCAUGAGGAAAUUGAGAUUUGGUCCUUGUUCAGAAACAGCUUCUCGGUGGCUGAACAAGAGAAGAUCGCUGGGUCCAUGCUUGGGAGAACAAGAGCAGAGAUUUUGCAGGAAAUGAUACCGUGGCUGAUGGGGUCUUUAUCCCAAGAAGAGCAUCAAGCUAUGAUGAGAUUGUGGAAGCAGGUCACGAGAAGCACAAUGUUCAGUGAAUGGCUCCAGGAAUGGUGGGAUCCAGACGAUUACAAUGUAGACAAGAUGGAGAAGCCAUUGGUUCUGCCUUCUACAUCAUUUCAGACGACCACUGAUCCUCUAGAGAUAAUCUCGACCUAUCUGUCGGGAGACAUAUUGAAGGAACACGAGAGAAACAGAAAAACCAUUUUGGACAAUGAGACCACUCUACCCAGCUUCCCUAGGGAUAAUACUGAUUCCCGGAUCAGUAAUGCUGAUCACGAAGCCAAAGAUUCCAAAAAGGGUGAAAAAGGAAGUGAUCAACUAACGGGUCCGAAGUCCUCAGACGAGGAGAAUAUCUCAGCGACGAGCCAAGAAGAACUCGAGGCUGCAAUUAGAAGAGUGUCCCGUGACUCUUCAUUGGACUCACAGAAGAAGGCAUAUAUAAUUCAAAACCUACUGAUGAGCCGUUGGAUCAUAAUGAAUCGCAAGUCAGAAUCAGUCUUUAGCGAAGUAAAAGAGAUUCCCUACUCAUCGCCUUCUUAUCGCGACCCUGAGAGACUGACUUAUGGAUGUGAACACUACAAAAAGAACUGUAAGCUUCUUGCCCGCUGCUGCAACCAGCUUUUUACCUGCAGGCGUUGCCAUGAUGAGGCCACUGAUCAUGUAGUUGACAGGAAAUCUGUCACAGAGAUGAUGUGCAUGAAUUGCCUUGUGAUUCAGCCAAUCGGGCCCACAUGUGCCACGGCAUCGUGUAACAAUCUGUCAAUGGGGAAAUACUACUGCACAAUCUGCAAGAUCCAUGACGACGACCGAGAAAUUUACCAUUGUCCGUAUUGCAAUCUAUGCCGAGUGGGCAAAGGGCUGGGGAUCGACUACUUCCACUGCAUGAACUGCAACGCGUGCAUGUCUAGGUCUCUCUCGUCUCAUAUAUGUCGGGAGAAAUGCUUUGAGGACAACUGUCCGAUCUGCCACGAGCACAUCUUCACGUCUUCCAAUCCUAUCAAGGGCCUUCCCUGCGGCCACUUGAUGCACUCGACAUGCUUCCAAGACUACACGUGCUCUCACUAUACUUGCCCGAUCUGCAGCAAGUCGCUCGGGGACAUGCAGGUGUAUUUCCAAAUGCUGGAUACCUUGUUGGCUGAAGAGAAAAUGCCUGAUGAGUAUUUGGGGCAGACUCAGGUCAUUCUGUGCAACGACUGCGAGAAGAGAGGAAGCGCUCCCUUUCAUUGGCUUUACCACAAGUGCCCUUACUGUGGCUCGUACAACACGAGGCUACUGUGAUCAAAUCCUCCGGGCUAUGGGACUUAAUAAAGGUGGUAAUAUUAGUACUCCUUUCCACUGUAACAGGGGUUAGAGCCACUUUAGUUUGAGAAGAUGUUAAUAGGUUUUGUGUUCAUAAUAUUGUUACAUCGUCUCUUUUGCCUGUCUAGCUGAUUUGUAGUGUCGGAUUAUUAUGGAAGCAACCAUCAUAGUUCAUACGUUCGAAAUACAAACAUACUGAGGAGGAAACCAAGAGAUGCCAGAAAUUCGAGGAA